UAUUGUUUUUGUGUAUUGCUAAAUAUCGGAUUAUCCGUUACUACGUCCAUGAGAAAGAUCAGAUGAGAUCAAUAAUUACCUUGUUGGCGCCAGUGAAAUUCGCCAAUUGAAGAUUUUUAGCACAAGAAUUUACAUUUUGUCGCAUUUUGCGCCAUUGGCGACCGACAGUGGGAACCCUGUUAAAAUGGCUCUUCUAUAUUAUAGCUUACCAGACCAAGUUCUUUUUAAUAAAUUUGAUAUCUGAUCUUUAAGGACUAUGCUAUAUCGACAAUGCAAAAUUCGUAUGUAAAACUGAGAUUGUCGUAACAAGUGAGAAAUGCACGGGGAUCAAAAAGAAACUAAUAAUUAUAAGAAAAUAUAUCUCCGAAUAAAUUAUAAAGUAUCAAUGACACUCAAAAACAUGUCCCAACAGUGCACUAGAAGAAAAUGCAUAGAAAUUUUCGGGGUAUUAUAUAGAAUUGAGUAGAAGGCUAGCCAAAGACUGAGACAUGGAUAGCAUAUUAAACACACUGUCAGUGAUCAGUGUUAUAUGGAUUAUAGCUGCAGGCUUCCUGAUUUUUGCACUGCUUUUCCUGUUUGCAAAGAGACAAAUCAUGCGCUUUACACUGAAAUCACGAAGGGGACCAUAUGUUUCUAUUGGUUCAAAUGCACCAAAGGUAUUGAGACAGGAGAUAUUUAGACGUCUAGAUCGAGUACCAGAAAUCAAACAUGAACCAAAGUUGUUGAACCCUACUAUGGAACAGGAUGCCAAAUCAGGGCCAAAUCAUUUCUACUAUAGAAUGAAAGCAGUGGAUGCAUUUUCCAGGUUUGAUGAUGCAUUAAGACGAGAGGUACCGGCAGCAUGUAGGCAUCCUAACCAGACUAUGAGAGAUUACCUGACUACAAUAUACCCUGAGUAUUUAUCUAUAGCACCUACAGAACUUGUCACACAAUUCAUAGAUUUAUAUGAACAUGCAAGACAUAAACCUGAGGUAUUUGAAGAAUCUCACUUUAUAAAGUAUUCAGAGAUGUUGGAGGAGCUUGUCAACUGUUUAGAGCAUGGCAUCAAACUAAAGAGGGAAGCCAACAGAGAACAGAUGAAGAAAUUGCCACCAGUUGAUACUGAAGUGAAGUUAAAAUCUCAUCAUAGAGGUAUAGGAAAAACUAAAACAUCUAUACCUUAUAAUCACAUGACAUCAGAUAAACAUUGUAACCGCACACAGACACGGUAUAGGACUAGAGCUAGUAGUAGUGAGCAAGCUGGACUGUUAGAAAGUGCACCGUCAAGUCAGCGGAGCAGUGUGGAGGGACUUGUAACAGCAAGAGAUAGUUCUGAGGAGAGUAUCAGACUCGUACAAGUUAAUAUGAAUACAAUGCCUGAUAUCUGAACACAUCUGGGAUUUCUGAAAGGAUAUGAUAUAAGUGCAAUAUUCUUCCAAUAGUUAUGACAAUUGCAGAAUCACGUUUAAAGGAAGAGCCGCUAUAUGAACAAGUGUAUGAGAGGAAAGUUAAACCUAGAUCAUCGGAUGAAAAAAAGAUCAAACAGAGUGUUACAUAUAUGUUUAUAUUGUAAAUAUGUAAGAAGUUCUGUUUAUAAUUUUAUUCCAAGUUAACAGAUCCAUUUUUACACCCUGCCAACAGUUUCACCCUGUUUCUUCAUCCACAUGUAGACAAGCACAUGUAGAGAAGCACAUGUACACUAUAUGGACAGAUGAUAGAUACUUGUCCAUGGGGUCAUUUGAAAAGCUAAUGAUAACUAAAAGUUUUUCACGCUACACACAUUUGUUAAAUAUGGCCGUGUGUCAUUAACACAGUUCUAGUUAUUAUAUUCCCCACAAGCGAAGUUUUGGGAGUAUAAUAGGAGUGAGCUUAUCGGUUGGUUGGUAGGUCCGUCUGUUGGUUUUCAUGGUUUCCGGACAAUAAGUCAUGAAAAGCUUGACAGAUUUAAACAAUUUUUGGUACGCAGGUGUAACAUAAUAAAAUACAGGUAAAGUUCAACUUUGAGGUCAGUAAUUCAAAGGUCAAGGUUACAAGGACCCUGGACAGUUAAAUGGUUUCAGGAUGAGGCGUAGAAAAAUUUGUUUAUUUCAGGUAUCCUGACCUACCCUAAAGUUUUGGUCUGACCCAAAAUGUUUUUGUGGCCUUGGAGAAUUCUUUUUUCAACUUUUUAACAAAAAGUUGCAAAACUGCACUUUUUAUGCUUUAAACAUGGUCAGUGAUGUUAGAAAUCAACUAACUGAUGCUCUAAAGGCAUAACCCCCUUAUUUGUAUUCAUUUUUAGCUCAACUAUUCAAAGAAUAGUAGAGCUAUUGGACUCUACCCAUGCGUCAGUGUCUGCGUCACGAUUUGGUUAAGUUUUUGUAUGUAAGCUGAUAUUUCAGUAACCACUUGUGGGAAUGGAUUGAAACUUUACUCACUUAUUCACUGUGAUAAACUGACUUACAUUGCACAAGUUCCAUAACUCUAUUUUGCUUUUUAGCUCACCUGUCACAUAGUGACAAGGUGAGCUUUUGUGAUCACCCUUUGUCCGUCGUCUGUGCGUGCGUGCGUCCGUGAACAAUUUCUUGUCUGCACGAUAGUGGUUUCAUUAUUGAUUUUAUUUUAACCAAACUUACACACAACUUGUAUCACCAUAAGAUGUCGGUUCCUUUCUUGAACUGGCCAGAUCCCAUUAUGGGUCCCAGAGUUAUGGCCCCUGAAAGGGCCAAAAAUAGCUAUUUUGACCUUGUCUGCACAAUAACAGCUUCAUUUAUGAUUUGAUUUUAACCAAACUUGUAUAAAACUUGUGUCACCAUAAGAUCUUGAUUCCCUUCUUGAACUAGCCAGAUCCCAUUAUGGGUUCCAGAGUUAUGGCCCCUGAAAGGGCCAGAAUUAGCUAUUUUGACCUUGUCUGCAAAAUAGCAGCUUCAUUUAUGAUUUUAUUUUAACCAAACUUGCACACAACUUGUAUCACCAUAAGAUCUUGGUUCCUUUCUUGAACUAGCGAGAUUCCAUUAUGGGUUCCAGAGUUGUGGCCCCUGAAAGGGCCAGAAUUAGCUAUUUUGACCUUGUCUGCACAAUAGCAGCUUCAUUUAUGAUUUUAAUUUAAUCAAACUUGCACAAAACUUGUGUCAUCAUAAGAUCUCGGUUCCUUUCUUGAACUGGCCAGAUCCCAUAUUGGGGUCCAGAGUUAUGGCCCUUGAAUGGGCCAGAAUUAGCUAUUUUGACCUUGUCUGUACAAUAGCAGCUUCAUUUAUGAUUUGCACAGAACUUGUAUCACCACAAGAUCUUGCUUCCUUUCUUGAACUGGCCAGAUUCCAUCUUGGGUUCAAGAGUUAUGGCCCCUUAAAGGUCCAAAAUCGGCUGUUUUGGCUUUUGCAGCCAUAUAGAGACUUCAUUUAUGGUUUUAUUUGAUACAAACUUCCAAAAUAUCUUCAACAACAAUAAAUCUUGGAUUCCAUGACAAAUCAGAUCCAGUCGUAGGUUCCAGAGUUAUUUAAUACUUAUAGGACUUAUUUGAAAUUUCAUUAUUGUUAUUAGUUGGACUGAGACAAUCAGGGUAGAUAACUAUGGACUGAUUUUAUGUCAAAUUACCUCCCUUUAUUUCAAAUUAAAAUGGGUAUAUCACCGUAACUAAUGAAGAUACUGAUCAGAAAUUUCAUUUAUGCCAACAUAUUUAUUUGGCAGAUCCUUCUUUUGUUCACUUACAAUAUUUUUUUUUAAUUACUUCCCUUUUACGUUACUAUAAAUAGCUUAUUUUUAGUGGUACAACAUGGAUGGUACCUCCAAUUUUUGGUAUUUUUUGACAUAUCUAUACCUUGUAAGAAUUUUUUUCUUCUUUUUGGUUAAAUUUCUUCCCUUUGUUGUUCCUGUCCUUUGGAUUUAGAUAUUUUUUCUGAGGACCUUCUUGUCCUCAAGUGCAAUGAUAACAGGUGAGCGAUAUAGGGCCAUCAUGGCCCUCUUGUUUACAAAAUUAUGCCCCUUUUUCGACUCAGAAUAAAUGUUAAAGUUUGCGUACCACCCCAAAUAUUUUCAAAGUCCAUUGAGAUAUUGCUUUCAUAUUUUGCAUACUUGUUUACCAUUAUGACCCCAGUUGGUUAAGGUUUUGUAUGUAAUCUAGUAUCUCAGUACCUACUGAUAGGAAUGGAUUGAAACUUCAUACACUUGUUCCCUGACAUGCACUGUGCAGGUCGCUUAACUCUACUUUACAUUUUUAUGCCCCACUUUCGGGGGCGGGGGGCAUAUGGAUUUGCCCUUGUCCGUCUGUCUGUCUGUCUGUCCUUCCGAGAAUGUUAUGUCACGCCUAGCUCCAAAAGUAUUUGACAUAGAGUCAAAAAACUUUACAGGAAUGUUGGUCAGCAUGUGUAGUUGUGCAUCUGGGGUUUCACGUCCGGAUUCAUUCAGUCGUGUAGGAGUUAUGGCCCCUGACUUUGUAAAAAUUGGUCAUUUUAGUGUUAUGUCGCAUCUAGCUCAAAAGUAUUUGACGUAGAGUCACAAAACUUUACAGAAAUGUUGGUCAGCAUGUGUAGUUGUGCACCUGUGGUUUCGCAUCCGGAUUCAUUCAGUCAUGUAGGAGUUAUGGCCCCUGACUUAGUAAAAAAUUGGUCAUUUUAAUGUUGUGUUGUGCGUAACUCCAAAAGUAUUUGACCUACAGUCACCAAAGUUUACAGGAAUGUUGGUCAGCAUGUGCAGUUGUGCACCUGGGGUUUCGCGUCCGGAUUCAUUCAGUCGUAUAGGAGUUAUGGCCCCUCACUUAAAUAAAAAUUGGUCAUUUUAAUCUUGUGUAGAGUCACCAAAGUUUACAGGAAUGUUGGUCAGCAUGUGCAGUUGUGCACCUGGGGUUUCGCGUCCCAGGAAAGCAUAUAUGUUUAUAUGUACAUUAUAUAUGGUUAUUUUUUGCAUUUUUUUAGCUCACCCGUCACAUAGUGACAAGGUGAGCUUUUGUGAUCACCCAUCGUCCGUCGUCAGUCCGUACGUGUGUCAACAAUUUCUUGUCUGCACGAUAGUGGUCUCAUUUACGAUUUUAUUUUAGCUAAACUUGCACACUACUUGUAUCACCAUAAGAUCUCCGUUCCUUUCUUGAACUGGCCAGAUCCCAUUAUGGGUUCCAGAGUUAUGGCCCCUGAAAGGGCCAAAAUUAGCUAUUUUGACCUUGUCUGCACAAUAGCAGCUUCAUUUAUGAUUUGAUUUUAACCAAACUUGCACACAACUUGUAUCACCAUAAGAUCUUGGUUCCUUUCUUGAACUGGCAAGAUUCCUUUAUGGGUUCAAGAGUGAUGGCCCCUGAAAGGGCCAGAAUUAGCUAUUUUGACCUUGUCUGCACAAUAGCAGCUUUAUUUAUGAUUUGAAUUUAAUCAAACUUGCACAAAACUUGUGUCACCAGAAGAUCUUGGUUCCUUUCUUGAACCGACCAGAUCCCUUAAUGGGUUCCAGAGUUAUUGCCCCUGAAAGGGUCAAAAUUAACUAUUUUGACCUUUUCUGCACAAUAGCAGCUUCAUUUAUGAUUUGAUUUUAACCAAACUUGCACACAACUUGUAUCACCACAAGAUCUUGGUUAUUUUCUUGAAUUGGCCAGAUUCCAUCAUGGGUUCCAGAGUUAUGGCCCCUUAAAGGUCCAAAAUUGGCUAUUUUGGCUUUUGCAGCCAUAUAGAGAUUUCAUUUAUGGCUUUAUUUGAUACAAACUUCAAAAAUAUCUUCAGCAACAAUAAAUCUUGGAUUCCAUGACAAAUCAGAUCAAAGCGUAGGUUCCAGAGUUAUUUUAUAUCUGAUUACCUCCCCUGAUUGUAAUCAAAAUGGAUUUAUAUCAGUAAGUACUUAUAAGACUUUUUUGAAAUUUCAUUAUUGUCAUCAGUUGGACUGAGACAAUCAGGGUAGAUAACUAUGGACUGAUUUGAUGUCAAAUUACCUCCAUUUAUUUAAGAUUACUCGAAAUAAAGAUAAACACGUGCAACAUUCUCAAUAAUUAUUAUUGAUCUAAUAAUGAUAACAUAUUUAUUUCAUAUAAUAUAGAAGAUGAUUGGAUAUAGAAGAUGAUUUGUAUUUCACAUAAUAUAAAGAAAAGGUUGGCAUAUAUAAUGGCCGCUCGAGAAUGUCAGUCGAUAGUGGUUUAAGCUCCUACCGACGGAUAGGUUCCAUCGACCGAAAGGAGACCGGGCACCUCUGGCAAAUCAACACCAUUAAGAAAAAAUCUUUACUUUAAAAUGUAAUGCAAUGCAAGGGCUUGAAGCAACUCAAGCCAACUGAUACCAUUGUGGUUAAUGGCAACCAAGACACACCAGCGCCUUACCAGAAGUGUCCAACCAAUUGUGUAAUUGCAGGCCUCUCCUCUCUACGGGAUGUAAUGGAGACCACUACCAACAUAAAGAAGAAAGGAACAACAAUCACACAACCGGAUCAGUGGUGCCAGUAUGGUAAUAUGCACUAUACCGAUGCCUUAUGCAAAACAGCAAAGCUAGCUAGGUCUUACCAAGUACUAUAAGGGCCAGACCUAGUGACCCGAAGCAACACGAGUCAGUUACGAUUAAAGUGAUAAACGGCAUCAUAUACAAUUAAUGGUCAGCGAAGCAAGUAACUGAUACUGAACGCAAAACAGCAACGCAAAGCAGUCAACCACCGCCAGAGUGAACCACUGUAACAUGCAAACCAAAUGCAUUGCAAUUGACGUAAUUCUCCGACCAUAGACACCCAUCUCCCGCCGGGAACGUAACUGAAUACCAACGGCGAAAGAAAGAAAGUCCACAACCGGAUAAUUAACAAAUGUCGCCAAACAGAAAUGAUGUAAAACGAUAUAAAAAGUUAACUUGUAAUAACCAACGCCCGAUCACCUUCCGGCCGAUAGAAUUGUUUCGCCACAAUAAAUUUAACUUCAAAUUUAUCCCCCAAAAAUUCUAUAAUACUUUACAUAUUACGAAUAAUGGCAUCUUUUAAGUAGUCCAAAUAAAAUUCGCACCCAACUUCAUUUAAGUGAAUGCCGUCAUUCCGGAAGAAAUUUGUUUCAGCAUCUAUGUCGGGCGAAAUGACGUCACUCCUGCCCGACUUUUGAACUAUCUGGCGGCCAACUCUAUUUACGCGUUUGCGUUUAUUGUCGAUUGCUUUCAACCCAGAUGCCCCUCUCCAGACUUUCCUGGGUAAGAUGUCUAUCCAAAUGAUCAGGGCAUCCGGGAAAGCGUCACGAAGAUAAGCAAUUUCUGCCUCAAUUUCCGUCUUUAUAUUCAAGAGUGAUAGCAAAACUAAAUCGUUGCCUCCCAAGUUUAUCGCAAUUAUUCUAGGUGGAUUGCAUAACAAUACCUGGGUCUCAAUUGAAUGGCGGAAGGUUGACCAGCCCAACCCCCUGACUGCCCACCAUGCUAUUGUCGUAUUCAGUAAAGACAGAUGCUCCUUCCCUGUCUGUUUCGCUCUUUUACCGGCCCAAUAAGGUAUCGAGUCCCCUAACACCCAGAUGUCUAGAAAAACAUAAAUGCAACAAUGUUUAGAAAUGCUAGAAGAUGUCAAGUAAAUCGCACGGUCACCAUCUAAAUUUCUUAAGACGGGGUGGGGAUAAUCAUAAUUAACGGGUUCAUUAAUACUUCCUUCUUUGUUAAUCAAUAUUCAAAUCUUCAACGGAUACUUAAUAGAGGAAAAUAAUUAUCAGAAAUAGGUUUAACUAAAAUGUAUUUUAUUAUUAGUCAUAACGGGACGACCAGAAAAAGAGGUGACAGCUACAUGAUCAAGCCUUAAAGGCCUUUACAGCAUAUCUCAUUUCUUGAAACAAAAGUUUACACAGAUUUUAGUCCUACAAUUUUCCCUAUCCUGGAUAUUUCAACAUGUAAAUAGAUCUUAUAUAAAAAGAAAUCCAUAACUGGCAUUUCCCAAACCUCUUUGGAGCCGUUUAUUAAAAAUGUAGGCAUUAUUGGCCAUUAUCUGACCAUACGUUUAUAACAAACGUUCUAGGAAAGUUUACAGAUUUUUACGAUGAUGGUCACGAUACCAACAUGACACUUAAGUACGAAUAUAUAAUUUAUAACAAUUGGAGUUCCAUCUACCAAGUUUCAUAACAACCUGUGAUGAAUGACCCUGAGACGCUAAAUCAGUGGCCCUACCAAUUCUAAAACUGUGAGACUUAAAGACACCCGGUAAUCGACAUUCGUUAAUACUUUAAGCUAAAAUGGCGACAAAUUGAGCUCUAGUUACUGGUACGCCAUCCUUGUGGCAGAAUAAAACACUUCCAUUUUUAGGACGUAUUGCUACAAAAUCUAAUAAUGAACGCACCGGGCAAAUAGGACCUAUUUCCUUUGGUAUUUUCAAUACAAUAGGCUUUCCUCUCUGGUUCGUUUUGAAAUGCCGGAGUUUGAUAAAAACAUAUUUGUUGCCACUAAAUGAUAUAACUGACUGUUGUAUUGGGCCCUCUGUCUGCCCCCUACAGGAAACAACUAGUUCACUGACCCUGAAUAGGCCAAAAUAUGCUAAUGUGAAGAGAGCUAGGAAUAAUUUUGUCUCAUAAUUAUUAAAACAAAUUUUCGCAAGUUUUUCGCAGACGGCAACCAAAAUGGGCUUUGUCAGUGGCGCAUGAUUGUCAUAAGUAAUCCGGUUUCUGUGGCAACCCUCCAACAAUUUCUUGGUAAGAAAAACCUGAGAGAUAUCAUAAAACCCCAACAGUUUGUGAUAGUAGUAAUAGUUUUAGGCGAAAGCUCCUUCUCGAAGCAAAAACUCAUGAACAAAAUUAUGUGUCGACUUGGAAUAGGCCAGCAUUUUGAAAGUGCAUACAACUGUCUAAAGUUUUCAAAAGACCGAAUGGCGGUCUUAUAUGUCAAGACAGAAUUGGUUGCGAUUCCUGUUUGGAGCAGUUGUCUAGCUCUAGAUCGAAUAUGUUCCAGAGGAAUUCUGGGACUGGGUAAGGUUCGAGAUCUGCAGUCGGUGCUAACUCCCUGAAUCUGGUCAACUGAAAGCGAGACAAAGCAUUGCAUAUACCAUUAAAACGACCUGGGACAUGAUUAGCCUUUAUCAAUAUGUUAAGAUGAAGACAUCUCAAAGUCAAAAAUCUAACCAGGCACAUCACUUUUCUGAUUUCGAGGACAAUUUGUUUAAGAUAUGGACCACUGCCAUGUUAUCGCAGUUAAAUUUGAUUUUUUUAUUCACCAAAUCUGAUCCCCAAAUAAACAUUGCCACUAAAAUUGGAAAUAAUUCCAAGGCUGUAAUAUCAGACGUAAGACCGCGUGAAUGCCAUGAAUCUGGCCACUUAGCAUGGCACCAAUGACCCUUAAAAUAUAUACCAAAACCCAGACCUGUACCCCCGGCGCUGUCCGAAAAUAACAGCACAUCUUCAUUAGUAACCCAGUAUCUGUCAUGAAAGACAGAUAUACCAUUAAAAUUUUGCAAGAACACCAGCCACAUGUUUAAAUCUAAGCAUAUCUCCUUAUUUACUCUAAUAUGAUGAUACGGCUUCGUUAACCCACAAAUUGAAUUUAUCAACCGACGAGAGAAGGGUCUCCCCGCGGAGAUAGCUCUGCAACAAAAAUUCAAAGAGCCUAUCAAAGACUGCAUUUUUUUAGCUCACCUGUCACAAAGUGACAAGGUGAGCUUUUGUGAUCGCGUGGCGUCCGUCGUCCGUCCGUGCGUUAGUCCGUCCGUGCGUGCGUAAACUUUUGCUUGUGACCACUCUAGAGGUCACAUUUUUCAUGGGAUCUUUAUGAAAGUUGGUCAGAAUGUUCAUCUUGAUGAUAUCUAGGUCAAGUUCGAAACUGAGUCAUAUGCGGUCAAAAACUAGGUCAGUAGGUCUAAAAAUAGAAAAACCUUGUGACCUCUCUAGAGGCCAUAUUUUUCAUGAGAUCUUAAUGAAAAUUGGUCAGAGUGUUUACCUUGAUGAUAUCUAGGUCAAGUUCGAAACUGGGUCACGUGGGGUCAAAAACUAGGUCAGUAGAUCUAAAAAUAGAAAAACCUUGUGACCUCUCUAGAGGCCAUAUUUCUCAAUGGAUCUUCAUGAAAAUUGGUGAGAAUGUUCACCUUGAUGAUAUCUAGGUCAAGUUCGAAAAUGGGUCACAUGGGAUCAAAAACUAGGUCAGUAGGUCUAAAAAUAGAAAAACCUUGUGACCUCUCUAGAGGCCAUAUUUCUCAAUGGAUCUUCAUGAAAAUUGGUCAGAAUGUUCACCUUGAUGAUAUCUAGGUUAAGUUUGAAACUGGGUCACGUGCAUUCAAAAACUAGGUCAGUAG